AAAAAUUGAUUGAGCAGAUUUCUACAUUUUGAAUAACUAUUUUUUUAGUAUUCCUCCAACGGUCAAAAAAGUCCAAAGCCGUCGUUUAAAAUCAUAAGAUCCGUCUUUCCAAGUAGCCGUUACGAUUCACUUUCCACAAUCUCUCCCUCUUCCAAAAUCCUCAGAUCUGUCGUGCUUGAGAACUUGCGGUUUCUUGGUCGGUCUAAUUCUUUACUUGAACGAACAAGAAAAAGAUCUCUCAUCAUCUCAUGGCUUCUCCUCCUAUCCCAAACAGACCAAACCCUAAACCCAGAAACUCCGAGGCCGGUGAUCCUUUGCGCCGGAGUUUCGGAGGCAACCCUUUUCCGGUCAACUCUAAAGUCAACGUCCCCUCAGAUGUUUCUCGGAGGAAAUCUUUUGGGGGCAGAGACUUUAGCGACAAAGAGAACGAGACCAAAGCCCCUCCAACUCCAAAAGGUUCCAAGAACUUCAUGUCCCCAACAAUCUCUGCUGUUUCCAAAAUCAACCCAUCUCCAAGGAAGCGAGUCUUGUCUGAUAAAAACCAAGUCACUCGAUCCUUGUCUGACGUGAAGGGCCUAACCUUUGAGGAGGACACCAAAAGCCAUCACUCAUGUGUUUCAUUUUCAGCUGAAAAGAAGCCGUUUGAGCGACCACAUGACAUGACUGUCACUGAUUUCGAUGAGGACAAGGGGAUUGUUUAUUCUGAUCCAAGGUUCAGGAUUAGCCCUCGCCCUUCUGUUCCAUACUCAUCUCCUGAGUUUGCAGAUCGUGAAGUUGGUCCAGUGCUGCCUCCUUAUGAUCCCAAGAAGAAUUAUCUGUCGCCGAGGCCUCAGUUCCUUCAUUAUAGGCCUAAUCCAAGAGUUGAGAAGCAGCUGGAUGAGCUUUUCAUCUCUGAAAGCUCUUCUUCCGACACUGAACUGUCGUCAUCCGCCGAGAAACAAGAGAAGGAUGGAGAGAGUGAUGAAGAAGUUGUUUGUGAGAGCAUUGAAGAGACAAGUCGAGUUCCAAAACAGUCAGGUUUCAGACCAUUCAGGUUCCUUGGUUGGUUUCUGGCUAUGUCUAUGGGGUAUCUGUUGGUUUCAGCGACCUUUUCUGGACUUUCAAUCCUUGAAGAAUCACCUUCGUACGAGUUCAAUCUCCCAACAGCCAUCAAAGAGUUUGCAGAAGCUAACAAGUUGAGUGAAAGGCUCUGGACUUCGACAGAAUCAUCACUUGUGUGCGUGGGUAAGAUGAUCUCACGUCUAGGAGGGCGAACAGAGGAAUAUGCUCCAUUGCAAUUUCAUAACUUGACCUAUACUUUGGAAGAGGAGAAUACUGUUUUCCAGCCAACAAGAGUUGAAAUCAAUGGAGAACCAUUACAAGAGAAGGUCAGAGGUGAAAACAGUCUUGAGGAUGACUAUGAACUUGAGGAGGAAAGUGGUGGUGAGAAAAACUCAGUUGAUGAACAGACUGAGAUGUCACCAAGCACAGACAUAGAGUUGAAGGAAGGAGAAGAGAACUUGGAAGCUAUAGUGAUUGAAGAACCUGAGGUGAUUCUUACUGAAGUAAGCAAUGGUUCACAAGGUCUUGAAUCUCAAGAAAAUCUUGGAACUGGAUCAAUCAAAACGGACCAGGUUGAGAUAGAAGCUAUCUACACUAACCAGCAUGAUGUUGAAACCGCUGCCAUCAUCAAAGCGCACCAGCAAGUAGAGAGUGUCUUAGCUGAUGCUGAAAGUGGACGAGAAGAAGGUUUUAGGGAUAUCACAGCAGAGACAAGUGAUGAUGGUCUUCAACCUAAACUGCAAGAGAAUGAAGUUGUGGCUAAUGCUGCUGAAAGUGGAUCAGAAAAUGGCCUUGGGAAAAUUGCAGCAGAAACUAGUGAAGAUGUUCAUCCUGAAGCAAGAUCAUUUAAUAAGGCAAUGAUAGUAUUGUCCUCGACCGUGAUGGUUGUUCUACUCGCAGCGGUUGCUUUCUUAUUCACCAAGAAGGAAAAGCCCGGGGCUCCAUCAGCUCCUGAACCAGUGGAGUUAAACUUGGCUCAUGUGCCAGUGGAGAAUCUGGUGAAAGAAAAGCUGAAUAUCCAAGCAGAAGAAGUUGAUGACAGGAUAAGUAACAGUGUUCAUAAAAAGAGCUCAUCCCUCAGCAACAACAAAGAUCCUAAGGAACAUCAAAGCCUAGGAGGCAGCAGCAAGUUGAGGAGAGAAUCAAUGGCAUCAUCAGCAUCAGAAUACUCCGUAGGCUCUUUCUCAUACGGAAGUUUCACCACUUAUGAGAAAAUACCCAUCAAAAGUGGGGAUGGAGAGGAAGAGAUGAUAACACCUGUGAGACGUUCAAGCCGAAUCAGGAAACACCACCAACCUUCUUCUAUGCUAUUCUAGUCAUUGCACCACUCUGCUGCAAUCUUUAGUUUCAGAUGAAUUUAGAAUUAGCUUUCUUACGAGUGUUCUAAUCUCUUGAAUUGUAACCGAACUUGUUUGGAUAUGAAGUUUGCUUCCCUUGUGUCAAUCACAAUCGUUGUGUGUGGAAGAACCAAAAAAGCAUCAAGCCGAGUCAGAAACCUUCUAGGCUACAACUUCUCUCAUAUGAGUCACUAGAAGAAAAAAUCUAAAAUGGUUGUGUUAUUUAGUUAACUUGAUGGAA